CCCGGAUAAUGCUAUCAACAAGCCAGGAGAACCACUCUGGUGUUAUCGCUGCUUUAAGACUAAGGAGUUGCUUAAAUUAAAUAUUAGUGCGCAGUGCGGUAUCUUUAUUUGUUAGCUUACUUCCCCACUAGUGUAGAAUACUAAGCUAACGGUAUUUUACCUCAACCGGUAGCUUGCUAUUAGUGCUGCUUUGUUGACGCCUAGCUGCAGAGAGGAAUCUGAAGCUGUCAGCCAGCGUUGGAGGGACCUGAGUGAUUAUGGCCGACCCUGCACGGAUCAAACCUGAGGCUAAACAUGAGAGAACAACGUCUGCUAACGAGGAGCAUCCUAAAUCAGAGGACACCAGAGAUGUAUCUGUCACAGCAAAACCUGCAGAUGUAAACAAAGAGUCGUCCUCGCAAGAUCAGGCCAAAGAGGAGGGGAAAGCUGAUAUGGCAGCUGGGGAAGAUGAUGAAGAAGGAAGCGCUUCCAAAAGACUGAAGAUGGAACCAGAGAAGAAGAAGGAGAGGCGCCAAAAGGUUGACGAGGAUGAAAUACAAAAGAUGCAAGUGUUGGUGUCAUCCUUUUCUGAAGAGCAGCUAAAUCGCUAUGAGAUGUACAGACGUUCUGCCUUCCCCAAGGCAGCUAUUAAGAGGCUGAUCCAGUCCAUAACAGGAUCAUCGGUGUCCCAGAAUGUGGUGAUUGCCAUGUCGGGUAUUUCCAAGGUUUUUGCUGGAGAAAUAGUUGAGGAAGCAUUGGACGUUUGUGAGAAGUGGGGAGAGACACCACCGCUUCAGCCCAAGCAUAUGAGGGAAGCAGUGAGGAGGUUGAAGAGCCGAGCGCAGAUCCCCAACACGAAGUAUAAGCAAAUUCUCUUUCACUGAGGUACCCCUGCUCUGGAUUGCAUGGGGCACGUGACUGGGAUUCCAACAGUGGUGCCAUAGCUUGUGGAAAAACCUGAGUCAAAAUCAGUGACCGGAGUAUUGAAGAAUGGUCAAUUCAAGCAAGAUCAGGAGGCUCUCUUACAUGAUAUCACAACUGUCUAAGUCCUCUCUGAGCUGCCUUUCACCUCUGUUUGAUGCAAAUAGUGUGACAUUCUAUUCAUGUAUAAUUGUUGUAAAUACAGUGUUUGUUUUUACUGUUUUGGUCUUGUGCCUCAAUUAUUUGAAAGAACUGGUGAACUUUGGAGAUAUUUUGUGUGAAUUUUCAAUAGUUUGACCCAAAACUGAUCCUAUUUCUUAUUGUAUAAUCUUUAGUGAGUAGGUGACUGCAAUCAUUCAGCCCAUCGCAGAAUUGAUUUAGUUUAUUUGACAAUACUUGAUUUGGAAAUAUGUAGACUUUUUAUUUAGGGCAAACUAUCGAUCACACUACUAAAAUAAUUGGAGUGAGACUUGAACGCAUAACUUGCUGUAUAUUUUAUGACAAACAACGUGGAUGCCUUAGAAAUGUAUUUGUUACACGGAAACAUGCAUUUUCUAUUAAAAACAAAGGCACAACUGAAA